ACCAUCACUACCACCGCCCGUUGCAACAAAAAAAAGAACCAAAAGACGUGCUCGCUUAAAAAACUCUUGAAAAACAGGCCCUCAGACCUGUGAAAAACUGUAAAGUGCACCGCGUAGUAGCCUUUCACCAAAGCCGUUGUUAUGUGUGAUUGAAUCGGUGUGAAAAGUCGUGAAAAAGCCGCGGAAAAUGAGCAUGCAAACGGCGUGUGGCCAGCAAAUUCGCUGCCGAGGCGCACACACAAUACGCACUUAGUAUACACGAAAAAAUAGUGCAGCAGUCGCGGGUGCGAGUAAGAGGAUAAAAGUGCGAACACAACAGGAACUCUGUGCCAAAAUAAUACCAAUACUCCACCAGUAGCCCCCAAACAACUGAAUAAUCGCGUUACGUAUACGCAGAGAGUGCUGUAUACAAGUUGUAGAGAUAACAAUGUCCAAAUACGAUCUGCUUUAUCUAACGGCGCAGCUAUUGCUGGCUUUGUGGCUGCCUAGGAUCCACGGAUCCAUUUUGCCCGAGGGACACAACAUGAUCCACUGCGAGCACUUUGACGAGAAGAUGUGCAACACUACCCAACCAUGUGAAACACGCAUUGAAUACUGCAAGCUCGAGGCGGGCAAACUUCCCAGUUGCUAUGUUCUCUGGUCGGUCAGCGAAACAACUGGCGAAGUGAAAAUCAAGAUGAAGGGUUGCUUCACGGACAUGCACGAGUGCAAUCAGACCGAAUGCGUGACCAGCGAGGGACCGCGCCAGGGAAACAUCCACUACUGCUGCUGCAAGGGAUCGCGAUGCAAUUCCAGCCAGAAGUAUAUUAAAAGCACUACAGAGGCAACCACGCAAGUGCCGAAGGAGAAGACGCAGGACAACAGCAAUUUGAUUUACAUCUACAUAGGCACCUCCGUCUUCAGUGUGCUCAUGGUCAUCGUUGGCAUGGCCCUGCUUCUCUACCGGCGCCGCAAGCAGGCGCACUUCAACGAGAUUCCGACGCACGAAGCGGAGAUUACAAACUCGUCGCCACUGCUGAGCAACCGUCCCAUUCAACUGCUGGAGCAAAAGGCCAGCGGAAGGUUCGGUGACGUGUGGCAGGCAAAGCUGCACGGUCAGGACGUGGCCGUGAAGAUCUUCCGCAUGCAGGAAAAGGAGUCCUGGACUACGGAGCACGAUAUCUACAAGCUGCCGCGCAUGCGCCACCCUAACAUCCUCGAGUUCCUGGGCGUGGAGAAGCAUAUGGACAAGCCGGAGUAUUGGCUGAUCUCCACGUACCAGCAUAACGGAUCGCUGUGCGACUACCUCAAGUCGCACACCAUUACCUGGCCAGAGUUGUGCCGCAUUGCCGAGUCCAUGGCGAAUGGCUUGGCCCAUCUCCACGAGGAGAUACCUGGCUCAAAAACGGAUGGGCUCAAGCCUUCGAUAGCUCAUCGGGACUUUAAGUCCAAAAACGUGCUUCUCAAAAGCGAUCUGACGGCCUGUAUUGCUGACUUUGGUCUGGCCAUGAUCUUCCAGCCGGGAAAGUCCUGCGGCGACACACACGGCCAAGUGGGCACCCGCCGCUAUAUGGCCCCUGAGGUGCUCGAAGGUGCCAUAAACUUCAAUAGGGACGCCUUCUUGCGAAUAGACGUAUAUGCCUGCGGUCUGGUUCUCUGGGAGAUGGUCUCCCGUUGUGACUUUGCCGGACCCGUCGGCGAGUUCCAGCUGCCCUUCGAAGCGGAGUUGGGUCAGAGGCCCACGCUGGACGAAGUCCAAGAGAGUGUGGUGAUGAAAAAGCUGCGCCCACGUCUGCUUAGCUCCUGGCGCGCCCAUCCCGGCCUUAAUGUGUUCUGCGACACCAUGGAGGAGUGUUGGGACCACGACGCCGAGGCCCGUCUCAGCUCGUCGUGCGUAAUGGAACGAUUUGCGCAGCUCAACAAGUAUCCCUCGGCCCAGCUACUGAUCAAGAACCACACCAACAUCGACGACGCCAAGGAGUCGACGAACUGUUUAUAGAAGCGGUACUAAGCCACAGACCAGUCAGCGCUACUGUGGCUUGCCAGUAAAUCAGUCAAAGCCUUUCGCUUAGCAGUGGAUAGUUUGAUAAGCAAUGGCGUUCGUGUGACGUUUCGUUUUUAGUUUCAUAGUUUUUAGUACCAUCAUCAGCAGCUAUAGUUUACAUUUUGUGGGAUGGGUCGAUAAAUUACAACGAAGUCGGUAAGGUGGUAUAUAUUUCGUGAAUGCUUUGAAGUUUUUUAGGAAAAUAAUAGACAUUUUCCUUGGAUUUGGUUUCGUUGUUUUAUGAUUUCAAAUCGACCCAUACCACAUAGAGCCGCGAUCUUAAAUCCGUUGGAAGUCAGUUUAAACGUACACCAAGCAAAACUGAACAAAGAACGUUGGACGUAGCGCUAUGUGCAUAGAUGCGUUUAGUUACUCAUCCCACAUUAACUUCAUUGACUGAUAACCGUACAUAGUUAUAUAUAACCAUGCAUAUAACGUACAAUUUGUUUGCCUUCCGGCAGUAGUUUGGGUGCAAAUGUAAAGUGUUGAAAAUUAUUGUCAAGCCUUUUUAACUUUAAUUUGUAUUGUGCGUUAUUGAAUGCCUCCAUAUAGUAAUAGUUCUACUUAUCUUAAGUUUAAUGCAUAUAAUUUUAAUAAUUUAGUUUUAAUUUUACUUUUUAUUCGUAACGUUUUUAUUUGCGCACAAGCGUGAAUGUGUUUUAAUGUUGUAUUUUAAAUAAAAAAUACUUUCCAUCCUAA